AUGGACCUAUAUAAUCAGUUUUAUUCAGAAAACUUAAAACGUCGAACCUCUGCAGAAACCGAGCCGUCUUGGAAUGUUGAUAUCGAACCGCCGCCGCCACCACUCCCUCAGUCGAGAUUGGACCGUUUACCGCCGUCACACGCCGAAGAUCACCACCGUGUUUGUGACGUCAAGAGGAGUCCGGAGCAGAAAAAUCAGCCCCAGAGCCACCCCGACGCGCCUCCACGCGCGAUCCGAAGCUCCGCGCGUGACCAACACGCACCGCCGCUUCCGCCGGAAGUUCGCCGGAGCCACCGCAGCCGACCACCGUCCGUUCGCCGCCGGAAAGCCGCCGCCGCAUCGCCGCCGGUGAUUUCCCGACUAAACCGAACAAAUCAGUUCUUGUUUGUUUAUGCUAACCCGUUGUUACGUAAUGAUUACGCAACACUGCAAAUCUUCCAACAAUGCACUGGAAUCAACGCCAUCAUGUUCUACGCUCAUGUUCUCUUCAGCACUUUAGGGUUUGGCAAUGACGCUGCUCUCUACUCUGCAGUGGUCACCGGUGCAGUCAACGUGCUCUCCACGUUAGUCUCAAUCUAUUCCGUUGACAAAGUCGGUCGCCGAGUUCUUCUCCUUGAAGCUGGUGUACAGAUGUUCUUCUCUCAAGUCGUUAUCGCCAUUAUACUCGGCAUCAAAUUCACGGACCACUCACAAAACCUCUCCAAAGGGUUUGCGAUUCUAGUCGUGGUGAUGAUCUGCACGUACGUAGCUGCUUUCGCCUGGUCUUGGGGACCGCUCGGGUGGCUAAUCCCUAGUGAGACUUUCCCUCUAGAGACACGUUCUGCUGGACAGAGUGUGACGGUCUGCGUCAACCUCCUCUUCACUUUCAUCAUCGCUCAGGCUUUCCUCUCCAUGCUGUGUCAUUUCAAGUUCGGGAUAUUCAUCUUCUUUUCUUCGUGGGUCUUGGUCAUGUCGGUGUUUGUGAUGUUCCUCCUUCCUGAGACCAAGAACAUUCCUAUCGAGGAGAUGACUGAGAGAGUGUGGAAGAAGCACUGGUUCUGGACUAGGUUCAUGGAUGAUCAUCACGAUGUGAUAGGUACCAUCAAGCGUAUGUACGGAAGAAGAGAAGGGGGAAAGGAACAGAGGAAGUAA